AUGUCAUCUUUAAAUUUAGAACCCAACCCUUUUGAACAAAGUUUUGCACACACAGGAAAACUUAGUCAAGCCGGCAAAGUAACCUCUACUUCUUCUACUACCGCAUCAAGUGCAAAUAUCAAUAGCAAUUCACGAAUUAUAGAUGAUUCAAAAUCCAAUACUAAUCACUCACAACCUUCUCAAUUGUCAAAUCAAUCUCAAAUACUUAGAAAAGUAAAUCCGUAUUCUUCUCUUCAAUCUCCACCUCCAUUAUUGGAAAAACAAUCAACCUUGUCAAUAUCACAACUAACUUCAAAUAAUAGAGUUCCCUCAAAUGAAAAUAGCUCGAACGACAUGUCAUCUUCCAAUUAUAUUGUCAAUACCAGUGACAACAAUAAUAAUACUAAUAAUGAUUCUUUAAAUUCAAAUAAUUUUACGAUGAAUAGGCCAACUAUGUUAGGUCCUACUGUGUCAUCUUCUUUUAUAUAUCCCAUUGCAAGACCAAAUAUUCAAACACCAGGAGCUUUAACUCCUGGUGGUUCUAAAAAAUUACCACCUCUAGUGUUAUCGCCAAGUUUUUUACCAUCAAAUACUGACGAAUCUAUCACAAAUGUAACAAAUACAAAUAUUAAUGCCACGAACAAUGUAAACAUUCCUAAUAAUGCUAAUACAAGUAGUUACUUUUCAUAUAUUCCAAGAACAGGACUAACCCCCAAUGAAUCUAAUAUGAGAACAGGUUUAACACCUGGUUCAGUGUAUCCAUUAUUCCAGACUAUGAGAUUGAAUAAUGCUAAUAAUAAUACAUUUAAUUCAACUAUUCCGUUAACAGCAAAUUUUCCAAUUAAUUAUAAAGGUAGCAUGACUCCAGGUAUUCCAAAUUCUAGUAGUAUAAGAACCCUAAAUAGUAAUACCAUUAAUGAUUAUACAAAAAUGUCGAAUAGUAGAAGUAGUUUGUCUCCAUCUCCAGGUCUUUUUGGUAUGCCUUUAUCUCUUGCAACUGAAAUAAACACGGCUGCAUCUUUGGAUGGGACCACGACGUUAACUAAUAAAAAUGAUAACCACAAUGGCAGAAACAAUAAAUAUAAUAAUAACGGUUUGAUUAAUGAACAAACAAGUGAUUAUGCUGAUAGUAGGAAUAGUAAUGAUUCAGAUAAGAAAAGAAGGGACAGUAGUACAAGUGAUACAUCUAAAAAAACCACAGCAAGAUCAAGAAAGAGAAAAAAUUCGUCAACCAUUGAGGAAAAUCAAGAUUCUACAGAACACAGAUCUAAAAAUGUUAAAUUAAUAAACAAUGAGAGUAUAAAAUCUACAUCUAAUGAGAACAGACAAACAAGUCAAGAAUAUCUUGACGAAAAAGAACGUAAAAGGAGGGAAUUCUUAGAAAGAAAUAGAUUAGCAGCCUCUAAGUUUAGAAAACGGAAGAAAGAAUAUAUUCAAAAGAUUGAGAAAGAUUUUAAAAAUUUACGAGUAGAGUAUGAUAAUAUGAGAUCUAUCCUAGAUGCAUUAUGUUCAUUUAAUGAAUAUAGACAUUCGACUUCGCUCUUGUCAAGAUUACGAUUCCAUUUGGAACAAAAUUACGUGCUUGAAGCUAUAAAUGAUUUAAAUGAGAUUGAAUCUCUAGUUCAAAAUAUAGAAUAUUAUAAAAGAGGUGGAGUUAGUGUGCUUAAGUUAGACAAUAACACUUCGUCUGCAGCAGCAGUAGAUUCAAAGGAUUCAUCUGUAAACAGGACUUCUUAA